AUGUCGCCCUUUAACCUAGAAAAGUGUGCACGCCCGAACAUUUUGGCCCUUGAGCCUUAUCGUUGUGCAAGAGACGACUACAAGGAUGACGGGACCAAUGUUCUUCUCGACGCCAACGAGAACGCCUACGGCCCGUCUCUGCAGCCCGACUUCGAGGCUGGCAAUCUGGGCAUCGACUUCCUCGGGCUGAACCGCUACCCGGACCCGCACCAGCCGGAGCUCAAGCAGCUACUCUGCGACCUGCGCAACACGCACACGCACACGACCAAGGACCUGAAGCCCGAGAACCUCUUCGUCGGCGUCGGCAGCGACGAGGCCAUCGAUGCCCUGCUGCGGUGCUUCUGCGCCCCUGGCAAGGACCGCAUUCUCACCUGCCCGCCGACGUACGGCAUGUACUCGGUCUCAGCGCAGAUCAACGACAUCAGCAUAGUCAAGGUGCCACUGAAGUCCGCUCCCGGGUUCGGAAUGGACACGGACACCAUCCUUGACACGCUGAGCCGUGAGGGCGACACGAUCAAGCUCGUCUACCUCUGCACGCCAGGCAACCCGACGGGCUCGGCGCUGGCCAAGGCGGACGUCCGCAAGGUUCUCGAGCACCCGACGUGGAACGGCGUCGUGGUCCUCGACGAGGCCUACAUCGACUUCGCGCCCGAGGGCAGCUCGCAGGCUGAGUGGGUGCUCGAGUGGCCCAACCUCGUCGUGAUGCAGACGCUGUCCAAGGCGUUUGGCAUGGCGGGCAUCCGCCUCGGCGCCGCCUUCACCUCGCCGCCCAUCGCGCGUCUCCUAAACGCCAUCAAGGCGCCGUACAACAUCUCGACGCCGACGAGCGCGCUCGCGCAGUACGCCGUGUCCGACAAGGGCUUGACCGUCAUGCGGGCCAACCGGGCUAGGAUCCUGGCGCAGCGGGACCGCAUCAUCGCCGAGCUGCCCAAGGUCCCCGGCGUCGGCAGGCUGCGGGGCGGCACAGAAAGCAACUUUCUGCUGUACGAAAUGCUGGACGCCGCGGGGAGACCGGACAAUGUCACGGCGCUGGCUGUAUACGAGCGGCUGGCAGAGAACAAGGGCGUCGUCGUUCGGUUCCGCGGCAAGGAGCACGGUUGCCUGGGGUGCCUGAGGAUCACGGUCGGCACCGAAGACGAAGUCACGCGGUUCCUGGCCUCGAUUGAGAAGGUUCUGGGCGAGGUCCGCGGCGCCGGGCGGCAGCCGGACGAGGAAAAGAAGGAGGCGGCAGCAAGCGGUGUGGUCGCUUAG